AUGGUGGUAGGGUUAAACCCUGUUCUGUGGCACAGUAUGGAUUUGGCAUCAUCACAACAUAACCAUCUGCAUAAUGAACUGUUAAGAAAAAUAGAAGGCCAAGAAGGGCAAAAAGAAGAUGAACAGAUAGUUGCAGAAAUCAUGAGACGGCGUUUUUUUCCUGCUGUUAUAACUCAUAAGGCCUGGGAAGGCUUUCACUUUGCUGGCCAUGAGAUAAGAAUUACAGAAGCCACUGACUUUUAUGGGGCAGUAGUCUGGCCAUCGGCUCUUGUUUUGUGUUAUUUUUUGGAAACUAAUUCUAAACAAUACAAUUUGAUUGACAAAAAUGUGAUCGAAAUUGGAGCUGGAACUGGGUUGGUCUCCAUAGUAGCCAGUCUACUUGGUGCACGUGUGACUGCUACUGAUUUGCCAGAGCUACUGGGAAACCUUCAGCACAAUGUUCUCCAAAACACAAAAUUGAAAUGCAAGCACCAGCCUCGUGCUAAGGAAUUGUCUUGGGGAAUUGAUCUGGAAAAGAACUUUCCUAGAUCUUCAUGUCGCUUUGACUACAUUAUGGCUGCUGAUGUAGUUUACCACCAUCCCUUCCUAGAGGAACUCCUCCUAACUUUUGAUCACUUAUGCCAGAAUGACACUGUUAUUCUCUGGGCUAUGAAAUUUAGACUGGACAAAGAGAACCAGUUUGUGGGCAGAUUUCAGACGUUGUUUGACUUAGAAGUAAUUUUUGAUUUCCCUAGUCUGAACAUAACCUUGUAUAAAGCAAUGAGGAAAGGCAGGAUGAAAGUCAGACACUCUAAACUGACUGUCUGAAAAAGAGAUACAUGAAAGUGACUGUUUCAGCUGUCUGUAGCUUUUUAAUAGUAGCUGCUUAAACUAGCAUGAAUGGCACUUCUGGAGACAACUAAAACAAAACAUCAGAUUUCUAGUAUAUCCCUAAAGAAUUCCUGAAUUCAAUUUGCCGAUAGUUUUAUACAUAGAAAUGUCUUUUGUGUACUAAACUGACCACAUUAAUAACUUUCACAAGUCUUACUAUUAUUGUUAAGGGAUGUGUAAUGUGUAUUUCAUAGCUUUCAAUUGCAACUUUUAACAGUGCCUGAUAAGUUCAGGCAAUCAUUUGAAACUUAAGACUAUGAUAAAUCUUUCAAUUUAAAAGUUAUGUUGUCAAAUAUGAUCUUUCCCCAUUCCCACCAUAGUGUGUAAAUCCUUCCUUUAAAUGGAUAUUCUAGGACACUAAACUAACUUCACAGAAACACUGGAAGUAUACUAUCAUAAUAAAGGGACAGAAUAUGUAA